UCCGCUUUCGUGUCUCGGAAGCUCGCGUGGAUCGAUAGCUUGUCCGUGUCCGUCGGAUCGUACGGCCAGAAGUUUCCUAACGGCCGGUGAGAUGCACGAGACGAAACUUCUCGCCUACAACGCUCUCGUCAUCGGCUAAAAAAAAAAAAUUUGCGACCUCUGCGUCUUGGUAUCUUCUCGCUACCCCCUCCUCUCAGUACCGCAGGAUCCUCCCCAUUGGACAUUCCAGAUUCGUCCACGUCAGCACUGUCAUCUCGCUUCUCCUGUUAUUUAUGGGGCUGGUGGGUUAGGGUUUUCACUCCUCCUUCCGCGGGCUCAUACAGAUUUUCUUUUUUCUUUUUCUGUCCAUAUAAGAAAGAUUGAUGAUCCAGUAGUUUGAUGGCGAUCGUAAAGAACGAAAACUCGAAGGAUUCUAGAUCAGACGGCGAUAUUUCUUCUGCGAGUGGAGACACUCUUUCAAGUGAUGAUGACAGUGAGGUUCAAACUCCAAGUUCCGUUUCAAUUUCUGAUGAUGAUGGUUUUCAUGUUGUUGAUGAUGAUGAUGCGGACUCUGGGGCGGGUUCGGACGACUUUGAUUUGUCGGAAUUGGGUGAUAUUGGGGCUGAAUUUUGUCUGAUAGGAAACUGGAACUGUUCAGUUCCUUUCGAGCUCUAUGACCUUCCAGAUUUGAGUGGCGUACUUUCUCUGGACACCUGGAAUAAUUGCCUCAGUGAGGACGAGCGUUUUAGCUUGGCAGAGUACCUCCCAGACAUGGACCAAGAGACAUUCAUGCACACCUUGAAAGAGCUCUUCGCAGGCCAUAACUUCCACUUUGGGAACCCCAUUGCUGACCUCUUCAAUCGUCUCAAGGGAGGCCUCUGUGAACCGAGAGUCGCUCUCUAUCGACAGGGUUUGAAUUUCUUCGAGAAGCGCAAUCACUACCACCUCUUACGCAAGUAUCACAACUCUAUGGUGCGUACUCUCGUCCACAUAAGGGAUGCUUGGGCGAAGUGUGCAGGUUGCGGGAUUGAGGAGAGGCUCCAUAUUCUGGAUAUAGCGAGAAGCCACUGUAGGGUUUCGAUGCAUGGAAAUGAUGAUGGGUUGGGAUCUGAGUCGGAGUCAUCAUUGAGGGAGGAAUAUGACAAGCGGUUUCUGGCUAAAGGCACAAAUCUGAGUAACCGUGCUUCAUAUACCGUAAGACCGUCAUUGGAUGUGUUGUCUCAAGAAAUGGUUAUGACUUUGGCGCCUACCACAAAUGGGAAACAGAACCUGAAGGGGAUUUUGAAGAUCACCACGCCAGAGGCUUCUACAAAGAAGGGUCAUCUGGCGGGUCUCCUUCCUUCUUCUGCUAAUCAUGGCUUGGGGAUGAUGAAAUACAGGCCGUCUGCUUCACCAUUAAACCCUCAAGCUUUUGGGUAUGAUUCAGGAUCUGCUCACCGGGCCUGGAAUCAGAUGACAGCUGAUGUUGAUGACAGAGAAUAUGCUUAUGAAAUUGAUUCGCAGAAAAAUAGGAAUCUGGCACGAGGCAGUAAGUGCAGUACAGUGGAUAAGGUUAGAUCACUAAUGCAGGGAAAGAAAGAUGCCUUUUUGAAGAAAUAUGACACAGAUGCUUGCAUUGGACUGGGACAAGAAGACAGUGAAUGUUACAUUGGGUUGCCUUUACCGGUAAAAAAAGAGAAUUUGCAUCGUUAUGGUAGAAACAGGAAUGUCAAACAGGUGGUCGACGUUGAAAUAUUGAUAGGUAAACCGAUUUGCAAGAGAUCUCAUGAUUAUUCUUCCCGUGAUGCUGGGAAAAGGGCCAAGCAUCCUGAGAAACCUGGGAGGUCCUUGGUUGAUGAUGGGAUGGAUCCUGCAAAAGGUAGGGAUCGGCAGGUGUUUGUGGAAGAAACUCAAGCUGACUGGUUAGCUGGAAGUCAACCAUUUCGGAACAGACAAGCACAUCAAGAUGACUUCUCCAUGGAUCAUCCCGUUAGAUUCGAUGAGUCGAAUUCUAGAAGCAAGAAACAGAAGACUGGAGGGGAGUUCCAAACUGGUGAGAAAAAUGCGGUCCGAUCUUAUGGAACUAUUUCACGCCAGGCUGAUCAUCAUCAUAGGAUCAAAGCAUUACAUGAGACCAAUAGAAGAAUAUCCGCGCAAAAUGGAGGAAUGGAUGAGGAAGACUGUAAAGGCAUUGGCAUGUUCUCCCGAAUUGAAGAAACAGAGUCAGAUUCAUCCAAAGAGGUUGAUGAAGAUGAAGAUCUCAAUCCUACUAGCUAUCCAAGUGGCACCUUUGAGGGUGGUCGAUCUGCCUAUGUCAAAUCAGCUGAUGAUCCUGAACUGCUGAAUAAACUAAUGAGGAGUGAUAAAAAAAAUUAUGACCAACUUUUUGAUGGGGUCACACGCUCUUCCGAAGAAGUGGGUAAUCUUGACGAGCGGUUUCCUUUAAAAGGAACACGGAGCGGUAAGUUAACUGAGCUCAGUUACCAGUCUCACUAUUCUAAUGUACAUCUGGAGGGAAAAAAAUUCACCACUUCCUCUAAGUUAGUAGAUGAUCGAAAACGAAUUAAUAAGUCAGUGCAGAAUGGCCAAAUGCAUGAUGAUCAUGGUAGAAGGUCAAAUGUACCAUUUGUGAAGGUCCAUUCUGCAGAGAAAAGGCGGAAAGGGAAGGAUGACCUGGACUAUUCUAUGCGUCUUUCAGAUUACAUGGACAAGUACACCCGUGGAGUUCUGGAGGAGGAUGAUUUGCAUGUGAUGCCAAAUGUUAAUGAACAGGCACGGACUCAUAAAUCAGGGAAGAAAGGUAAAAAAACCAAAGCUUAUCUAGCUGAGGCUGAUGCUCAUGAAAAGUCAAGCAUGCCGUUAUUAGGAUGCAACUCAAUAACACGGAAGCAGAAGGGGAAGGUUGAUUUUAUGCAUUUAGAUGGGCCAGAUAAGUCCAGUUAUCCACAGCCUGUUUCACAGCAGCCCAUUGGUGACCCCAAUUUCAUGAAGAAACAGAGCAAAAAGAAAUUGGAUGCUGAAAGCAGAUCUUUGACAGUGGUAACUUCUAAUUCGAUUAUUUCAGAAAGGGCAAUGGCGGACAGAGAGCCAGAAACAAAGCUGCCAAAGAAGCCCUUUACUUUGAUAACACCAUCUGUUCACACUGGAUUUUCAUUCUCAAUCGUACAUCUUCUUUCAGCUGUUCGAAGGGCAAUGAUAACUUCGAAUGCAGAUGAUACCACUGAGGUAAACAGGGAUUUCGAGAAGAGCAAAGGUGGGGAGUUCCCUUCUAAUGAGAAUUUGGAUGUUAAUUAUCCAGAAUACACAGGACAAAAGAAUUUGCCUUCUCUUACUGUUCAAGAAAUUGUCAAUCGUGUGAGAUCGAACCCGGGAGAUCCUUGCAUUCUCGAAACACAGGAACCCCUUCAGGAUUUGGUCAGAGGAGUUCUAAAGAUAUUUUUGUCUAAAACAGCACCUUUAGGAGCAAAGGCUUGGAAGGCGCUUGUAUGCUAUGAAAAGUCUACUAAAAGUUGGUCCUGGAUUGGUCCAGUUUCUUCUAGUUCAUUGGAUCGUGACAUGGUUGAAGAGGAAACAUCUUCUGAUGCUUGGGGUGUUCCUCACAAGAUGCUUGUGAAAUUGGUUGAUGCGUUUGCUAAUUGGCUAAAAAGUGGUCAAGAGACCCUUCAGCAAAUAGGAAGCCUUCCAGCACCGCCCCCAAUGUUGCCCAAUGUGGACGAGAAGGAAAGAUUUAAGGAUCUAAGAGCUCAGAAGAGUCUCAACACUAUCAGCCCGAGUUCUGAUGAAAUGAGGGCGUAUUUUCGCCGUGAAGAAGUUCUAAGAUAUUCAAUUCCUGACAGGGCCUUUUCUUAUACUGCUGCUGAUGGUAGAAAAUCUAUAGUUGCUCCAUUGAGAAGAUGUAGUGCCAAAGCUCGAGAACAUUUUAUGCUUAAGCCUGAUCGACCACCGCAUGUUACAAUCCUCUGUCUUGUAAGGGAUGCAGCAGCCAGGUUGCCUGGAAGUAUUGGCACCAGAGCAGAUGUCUGCACCCUGAUAAGAGACUCCCAGUAUAUUGUGGAAGAUGUAUCUGAUGCUCAAAUUAACCAGGUAGUCAGUGGGGCUCUUGACCGUUUGCAUUAUGAACGUGAUCCUUGUGUACAGUUUGAUGGCGACAGAAAGUUGUGGGUUUAUUUGCACCGAGAUAGAGAAGAAGAAGAUUUUGAAGAUGAUGGAACCUCAUCUACAAAGAAAUGGAAAAGGCCUAGGAAAGGCACUGCAGGAAGCUCUGACUUAGGAACCAUAAAUGAUGUGGGCUGUCAAGGGACUGGAGAUCAAGUUGCAGGUGGUCCAGCCAUUGGAUAUGACUUUAGAUCUGAUUUAAAUAUUGAAUCAUCAUCCAUGUAUGCAGAGGGGAAGAAAGAACUUGCAGAUCGUGAUUUGAAGGCAAAUAUGGUGGACAACAUUGGGCCAUUCAUUGAUUCGGCACAAAGCAGAAUUGGUCAGGGUCAUCCCAUGGGUUGGGAGGUCCUUGAUUUGAAUCCCAUGCGAGAGAACAAAAUGCUGGGUCAGGAAAGUUUCAGAAAUGAAGAUUUUGAUGAUGAGCAGUCAGCAGGGAAAGGCCAGUUGGGUGUGAUAGCUCAAAGUUCAAUGCGGAGAAUGGAUGAUACAUGACAGGGGCCCAUCCCAUCAUGUCCCCCCCCCCCCCCGCCCCCACUUUUUUUUUUUUUGUUUUUUGUUUUUUGUUUUUGUUUUGUUUUGGGAUUGGUCAAGGUAUCCUUUAAUAUCAUAUAUCUUUUAAGCUUUCUCAUUUUUUUGGUAGUUGGUUUAGGCAGACUGAAACCAGUAUGUCUGAAUGUCUCAAGCCCGGGUCUCCCCUCCGGUAGGGGGUGUGCAGUGCUGUGCACUAACCAGCUCAACUAAAGAGCAGGAUGCUUAGCUCAAGUUCAUUGUUGUCUCGGGUUUGCUAUCCCGAUUUCUGAGGAUAGUAAUCAGUUGAUGCAUAUGCUUUUUUUUUUUUUUUCUUGUUACAACUAUUAAUUAACUUUACCUUUUCAUUUAUUUCUAUUUCACACAUGGCUAAUGUUCAACAA